AUGUGCACUUACGAACUGUUGAGAGACGACACCGAACUAGGGAGUUGGUACUUCAACUCGUACUUCAGCCAUGUCAGUGGUCUCUGUCAGGUCAUAAGGAACGUCGACAAGUCUUAUGAGCCUUCCCCCGCAAUGCAAUACGCCUGGCGAGAAGCACGCCUCAUGGCAUUCCGGUCCGCUAUGUUCCUUCGACAACCAAUCUUUGGGCUAGGAAGACCGCCGCAGUGGUCAUCUACAACACCUAGCUUGAAACUGAGCGACGAUGUGCUUGACAACAUGUUCGAUCUCGCGACGUGGUUUCCGACGGUGGACAAGUUGAUGAAGCGCAUGGACCAAAUGCAACAUACUGCUGCGCAGUCGGCAGCUGUGCCAAGGGUCGUUGAUCGUGGAAUCGAGCUCGCCAGAGAGCUCAUGGCAUGGGAAGAGCGUGCCAUGGCUCUGUAUUGCAACGAUCGACGACCAACACUAUACUCGCUAUGUUCUACCGCAGACGGCGAGCUCCUGAACGUCCUCACCCACCACUGGAUGAUAUGCAUGCUGCUGCACUCCCAACUCCAGCUCCUCGUGGCCCGUUGCUCGCUCUGGCAUCCCCACCUGAAACUCCCGUUCUGGAUUGACGGCUGGCCGUACGCAACCUUCAUCAGCGUCGCCGGCCCUCUUUUCUCCAAUCCACGAUUUGGAAUCUGGUCAGCACUCGCAAGUCACACGCCCAUGAUCGCCACGAACUUCUACUUUGCUGCGAAUGGCCAUUGGCACACGUCUGAGGCACGCAGUUUGCGGAACUUUGUUGAGGAUAGGAAUCGUCCUGGCAAUGGUCUCAUGAGAAAGUUCUUCUAUGGGUUAUUUGCUAGGGCUGAUGUGAUGAUUCCGCAGGAUGGGAUGGUCAAGGCGGCUCAGGCUUGGUAUGGAGUGCGGGAUAGCACGCCUUGGAAGGGGGCGGACGAGUCACGAAAGUGA